CGGCAGCUCCUGACCCGGAAUCGGAUCCUGGUCCCGCCCCCUCCGCCAGGCUUCGUUCUGCAACAGGCGUGGGUCACGCUCUCGCCAGCUCUUUUUCUGCCGCCAUCUUGGUUCCGCGUUCCCCGCACAAAAUGCCCGGUGAAGCCACAGAAACCGUCCCUGCUACAGAGCAGGAGUUGCCACAGCCCCAGGCUGAGACAGCUUUGCUUCCUGUGUCUUCAGCCUUGAGUGUCACUGCUGCUUUAGGGCAGCCUAAACCUACCCCUACCCCUACCCCUCCUUGUUCCCUGGCCUCCCAGCAAUGCCCUCUGGCAACCCCUAACCAGCCUUCCUCAUUCCUUUCUCCCUCUACUAUUGCCUCAACCCCUUUUGAAGCUCCUUUUCCUGAGUCAUCCACUGGGACAGCCCUGCCUUUGGGAGCUGCCCCUCCCCCCGCUGGCACCCCAGCUUUCCUACCAAACCUAAUAGGGCCUCCCAUCUCCCCAGCUGCCUUAGCUCUGGCCUCUCCCAUAAUAACUCCAACUCUGAAAGGUGUUCAUUCCUCUUCAGCUCCCUUGGCUCUGGUGGCCUUGGCUCCCCACUCAGUUCAGAAGAGCUCUGGCUAUCCACCUAACCCUCCUAGUUCACCUCCUUCGGUUGCUGUGAUUGAGUCAGGGUCAGUGACGUCUCUAUCAGCUCCAGUUGCUUCCUCAGAACCAAAGCCCUCUCCUCUUCAAGCUCCCUCUCAAGUAGUCCCUAAUCCAAAGGGUACCCCCAGCCCUCCAGGUAUAGUCAGUGCUGUUUCUUCCCAUCUUGUAACUCCUUUGGUCUCUCUUCAGUCUGGACUAGCCUCAUGUCCUCAGACGCCACCUGCCACUCCCUUAGCCAUUCCUUCCCCUCAGGUCAAAGGCAUCCCUAUUUCCUCAGCUCUGACUUCUCCACAAAACCCUGCAAGCCUCAGCCUAAAGGGACCCCUUAGUCCACCUGCUGCUUUAUCUCUUUCAACUCAGUCUAUUCCUGUGGCUCCUCAUGCCCCCCCAGUUUUCCUCACUUCUCUUGGUUCUCCUGUUCAACCUUCAGGUUCUAAUAUUCUGUCAGAUCCCAUAGAGGAUACUGUUUCUGUAGAUCAUUCUUCCACGGGUACCUCUUACCCUUCUCAGAGAUCUCUAAUUCCUCCCCUUCUUUCCAAAAAUGAGGUGGUUCCUACUGCUGAGGCUGCUUUUCCAGGGGGAGCUCCAACUUCCCCUCUGGCUCUGUCUGCUGACAAAGGCCUCUCUACUAUCACUGACAUAGCCUCUUCCAAUGUAGCUACCUCUUCUCUGAUAUCUCCUACAGCCUCUCUGAUUCUCAAAGACUCUCCUAGUGCUGCUCAUCAACCUUUGGUGGCCCAGAUUCUUGGUUCUUCUCCAGGGAGGCCAGGCUUGAAAGAAGCUCCUGUUUCUUCUGUUGGAACCACCCCACUUGGGAUGGCUAACUCCUCUACAGUUUCUGCAGCAUCUAUUACCUUUGAGGUAGCUACUUGUGUCUCUCUUCCAGUUUCAUCAGGUCCCAUGAGCAGUAAGGACUCAGUUUCCCAAACUGCCUUGGUUAUGGCGCCUGUGGCUCCCAAAGAGCUUCCUACUCCUCAAGUAACCACCACUCUGGGGAUACCUGUCUCUCAACCUCUGCCAGCCCCCGAGAACCCCAAAAGUCUCCCUGUUUCACCAGCCCUGGCAGCCCCUAAAAAUCUCCCUUCUCUCCAAAGUACAUCAUCUUCUCUGGAGAUAGCUCUUUCUCCUGAAGCCACCUUAGCAAAGAAAAGCUUCCUAGAGCCUCUCCCUCUAGUUAAGCCAGCCAGUACUACUACCUCUUCUCUGGGGGUCAACUCCCCAACCUCUAUAAUCAAGACAGAUUCUUAUGCAAGCCCAGAUCCAACUAGUCUGCUUCUCAAAAGUUCUCUCACUACCCCAAUUGUAACUACAUUUCCUUUGGAAAGCACUGCCAUUGAUGGGAUGGCUCCUACAACUGCCAAAGGUACCUCCACUCCUAUACCUGUAGCCAGUCCUUUUCUAGAAGGAGCUGUCUCUUUAGAUUCUAAAAGCCACCCUGCCAAGAAGAGUACUUCCACUCUUACUACUUUACCUUUGGUCCCUCCAACCUCUGAAAGUUGCCCUCUGGCUCCAGCUGUGACUUUAUCUCCCCAGAAUGUUUCUGCUUCUCCAGCUGCUGUGGCACAGGUCCCUGAAAUUCCCAAGUCUGAGUCUUUUCCCCCUCUUCCUCCAGCUGGUACUCCUCAAGGUGCAAAGAAAGUUCAUGGUAUUUCUCAAACUUCAGCAUUGGCACCUGUGGCUUCCUCUCCUGAAGGGUACCCAACUGAGGAUUCUGGUGCUUCUGUUACUGCAUCUUCCAAAGGAACUUACCUAACUGACUCCCCAUCUCCUUUAGGGACUAGUGUGUCUCCUCAAACCAAAAGAACUCCAACCAAGAAGGGUUCAGCUACUACUACCUUAAGUCUUGCUCCUUCUGUUUCUAAAAGUGUACCUGCUAUCCCUGAUACUCCUGCUGGAAAUCUGUCAUUCACUGUUUCUCCAGUUGAACCUUCCUCUCUUCCAGAGGCCAAUCUUUCUUUUCAUGUCCGUAAAGGAUCACUAGCCAAGAAGCAUUCCCCUACUCCCCCAUCCCCCAAAGAGGCUCCCAUUCCCCUACCUAUGUCUUCUUCCCCCAAAGCGGGGCCAGCAAUCCCAUCCCCUAAAGAAACCCUAACUCCUCCAGCUGUGACUCCUUCCUCCCCCAAAGGAGCCCCAGCAACUCUGUCUCCCAGAGAGUCCCCAGCUACCCCAUCUCCCAAAGAGGCCCCCAGUCCCUCAGUUGUGGCUCCUCCUUCCCCCAAAGGGGGACCAGCAACCUCAUUACCUAAAGAGACCCCCACUCCUCCAGCUGUGACUCCUUCCUCCCCGAAAGGAGCCCCAACUACCCCACCUCCCAAAGGAGCCCUUACUUCCCCCAAAGGGGGCCCAGCAACCCCAUCUCCCAGAGAGCCCCUCACUCCAUCAGCUGCGGCUCCUCCCUCUCCCAAAGGGGGCCCAGCAACCACAUCUCCCAAAAGAGCCCCAGCUAUCCCACCUCCAAAGGGGGGCUCCACUCCCCCAGCUGUGGCUCCUCCCUCCCCCAAAGGAGGCCCAGCAACUCCAUCUCCCAAAGAGGCUCCUGUUCCCUCAGCUCUGACUCCUUCCUCCCUCAAAGGGACUCCAGCCCCCAUAAGAGCUCCAGCUAUCCCACCUCCCAGAGAGGAUUCCACUCCCCCAGCUGUGGCUCCUCCCUCCCCCAAAGGAGGCCCAGCAACUCCGUCUCCCAAAAGAGCUUCAGCUGCCCCACCUCCCAAAAGAGAUUCCACUCCCCCAGUUAUGGUUCCUCACACCCCCAAAGAGGCCCCAGCAACUCCACUCAAAGGAGCCUCCACUCCCUCAGCUGUGGCUCCUCCCUCCCCCAAAGGGGGCCCAGCAACUCCAUCUCCCAAAAGAGCCCCAGCUACUUCACCUCUCAAAGGAGACCCUACUCCCCCAUCUGUGGCUCCUCCCUCCCCCAAAAAAGCCUCAGCAACUCUGGUCCCCAAAGAGUCUCCAGCAACCCCAGACCCCAAAGAAGUCCCCACUUCCCCAGCCAUGGCUCCUUCCUCCCCCAAAGGGGGCCCAGCAACUCCAUCUCCCAGAAGAGCCCCAGCUGCCCCACCUCUCAGAGGAGACCCUACUCCGCCAUCUGUGACUCCUCCCUCCCCAAAAAGAGCCUCAGCAACUCCAGCUCUCAAAGAGGUCCCUACUCCCUCAGCUGUAACUCCUUCCUCCCCCCAAAAGUCUCUAGCCCCGAAAGGGGGGCCAGCAACCUCAUCCUCCAAAGGGGCUCCCACUCCCCCAGCUGUGAUUCCUCCCUCCCCCAAAGAGCCCUGUACUUCCCCAGUUUCAGUCACAUGUCCCUUGGGGUCCACUGCACCUCAGGCAUCUAAAGGGCCCCCAAUAAAGAAAGGCCCCACAGCUCUCAAAGCAGUGCUUGAUGCUCCAGCUCUAGAAAGUGCACCAGUCGUCACAGCUCCCACUCAGAAGAAGAGUUCUGUUUCACCUCCUGUGUGCCCAGAUCCCUCAGCUCAGAAUGGUACUAAAGGAUCCCUUCCUGCAGUGGCUCCAGCUCCUCUACUGACAGUCUGCACUCAGAAAGGUUCUUCUCCAAAGGCUCCAAAAGCCCUCCCUACUUCUCUCUUAAAGGGCAAAGACUCUUUCCAUUCCCCAAAGGGCCCCUUGGCUCCUCCUGAGUCUGAGACGUCUACCCCUUCAGCAGCAGCUGCCCCAGAGAAGGUCCUUCCUAAAGCUGGAUCUGCAUCUGUCUCUCCAGCACCUACCCCAUCAGUCUCUCUGCCUCUUGCUCCCUCCCCAGUUCCCCCUCUGCUCCCUAAACAGCAAUCUCUGCCGUCCUCACCUGGGCUGGUGCUGGAAUCACCCCGUAAGCCCUCAGCCCCUGCUGAUAAGGAUGAGCUGCCGCCUCUGAUUCCCCCGGAGCCAAUCUCGGGGGGAGUGCCUUUCCAGCCGGUCCUCGUCAACAUGCCCACCCCCAAACCUGCUGGGAUCCCUGCCCCAACCCCCUCUGCCAAGCAGCCUGUUCUGAAGAAUAAUAAGGGGUCUGGAACAGAAUCUGAUAGUGAUGAAUCAGUACCAGAGCUUGAGGAACAGGAUUCUACACAGGCAACCACACAGCAAGCCCAGCUGGCAGCGGCAGCUGAAAUCGAUGAAGAACCAGUCAGUAAAGCAAAACAGAGCCGGAGUGAAAAGAAGGCACGGAAGGCUAUGUCCAAACUGGGUCUUCGACAGGUUACAGGGGUUACUAGAGUCACUAUCCGGAAAUCUAAGAAUAUCCUUUUUGUCAUCACAAAACCAGAUGUAUACAAGAGCCCAGCUUCAGAUACCUACAUAGUUUUUGGGGAAGCCAAGAUCGAGGAUUUAUCUCAGCAAGCACAGUUAGCAGCUGCUGAGAAAUUCAAAGUUCAGGGUGAAGCUGUCUCAAACAUUCAAGAAAACACACAGACUCCAACUGUACAAGAGGAGAGUGAAGAGGAAGAGGUUGAUGAAACAGGUGUGGAAGUUAAGGACAUAGAAUUGGUCAUGUCACAAGCAAAUGUGUCGAGAGCAAAGGCAGUCCGAGCCCUGAAGAACAACAGUAAUGAUAUUGUAAAUGCUAUUAUGGAAUUAACAAUGUAACCAUCUUGAAAAGAGGACCUUUUUUUGGUGUUUCAAAAGAGUAACUGCAGCUGGGUUUGAAAUUUGUACUGUUUCUAUCAUUAAUAAAGUUAUGGCUUCUUGUUGGAUGAACUCA